UUUCCCCCGAACAGAUCGAGUCCAUAUAUUUUUUUGUGUCGUCCGAUCGGAAAAGCUACAAAUAUAUUUCCUAUACGAAUCUCGAAUGUCGUCAAGUGCUGUGAACUGAAUCACUUAUUAAAACCUGACCUAAUUAUGACCUGCCACAGAUGACACGAUGUUCGCGUUACGGUUUUUCCUGUUGGCCACUUUGGCGCUAUCCAGUAGCGCCAACGAAGAGGUCUUGGUUCUGAGAGUCGGAGCCAUCUUUUUCGAUACGGAGAUGAAACUAGCCGAAGCCUUUGAUGCGGCAGUGGAGGAAGUGAAUGCCAUAAAUCCCAGCUUGAAGCUGGAUGCCAUCAAGCACUAUCUGACGGUAGACGACAGUAUUGUCCUGCAAGAGAUCUCUUGUGACUUGAUUGGAAAUGGUGUGGUGGCUAUUUUCGGACCAAGUUCAAAGACAAAUAGCGACAUCGUGGAGGUGCUGUGCAAUACGACAGGUAUACCCCACCUGCAGUUCGAUUGGCCGCCCCAAAAGUCGGCAAGGGAAGGUCUCAACCAUAAAAUGACUAUUAAUGUGGCGCCCAUGGAGCUGAUUCUAUCUACUGCCAUUCUGGAUGUGUUGGCCAGCAAGAGCUUCAACUGGAACUCCUUUACCCUUGUUUACGAGAAAAGCACUAACCUGAAUCGCCUUCAACACAUAUUGGCUUGGAAGCAGCUCCAUAAGACAGGCAUUAAAAUUCGACCAUUCGAACGAGGCGACGACUACCGGGUGCUCUGGAAACAGAUCAGUACGGCCAAUGAAAAAUAUGUGCUCCUCGACUGCCCCCCUGAUAUCUUAGUAAAUGUUAUCAACGCCUCUAUUGGAUUUAAUAUGACCGGUGCAUUUAAUCAUUUAUUUCUAACCAAUCUAGAUACUCAUAUUAGCGGAAUAGAUCGUUUCUACUCAAAGGAGUUCACUGUAUCGAUUGCUGCCAUCAGGAUACGAAACUACAUUCCACCACCAGUUCACGAUGAGAUCGAUGUAUUUGACAACGAAGUGGACGAUAUGUUUGAUUCGCUGGAAACCCAACUACUUUAUGACUCAGUCGUUUUGUUCUACAAUGCUCUUCUCGAGUUAAGUCAACGGUCGGGAUUCUAUGCGCCUCAGACCAGGUGUGGUCUUGGAUUUUGGCAGCCAGGACCCCGUUUGGUUGAACAAAUGAAGAAUAUAUCCCCAAAGCAAGCCAAACCUCCUUUCAAGACCCAAAAACUCCACAUCAACGCGGAUGGACAGCGUGACGAUUUUAAUCUGGAUGUUUAUAAUCCCAUUAUCGAUCGCGUGAACUAUAUCUGGAACAAGGAGUUUCAACUUGUCAGCUACGAGAAGAUAAGGGAAAAUUCUUCCCAGGCCCUGAAGCAGAAACGGCUAGAGGACAAGGUGGAUUUCUCCCAGAAACCUGUUCGCUACAAGAUAGCAACUCGUGUGGGUGAACCAUACUUUAGUUGGCGUGCAGAGCCAGAGGGUGUUCACUACGAGGGAAACGAUCGAUUCGAAGGCUAUGUAGUGGAUCUAAUUUAUGAUUUGGCCCAGGAGUGCAAAUUCGAAUUCGACUUUGAGCCAGUGAAGGAUAACAAGUAUGGGAGCUACGAUCCGAUAACCGAUGAAUGGGACGGAAUUAUUCGAGCCCUGAUGGAUAAUCAUGCACAAAUUGGGAUUUGCGACUUGACCAUCACUCAGGCCCGUCGAUCGGUCGUGGACUUCACAGUUCCCUUCAUGCAACUGGGCAUCAGCAUCCUCGCCUAUAAGAAACCGCCACCGGAGCCAAAUGAAUACGGCUUCCUCAAACCUUACAAUCUUGAGGUGUGGCUUUAUGUCAUUAUAGCCAUGAUGAUCAGUGCCAUAGCCCUGAUUUUAACUGGUCGAAUGGAUAGAUUUGAGUGGGAGAAGCCGGUGGAAAAUGAGAACAAUGAACUGGAACAGGAGAACAUAUGGCAUAUGCGAAAUACUCUGUGGCUGGUAUUGGGUUCCAUUCUUAACCAGGGAUGCGAUCUUCUACCUAGGGGCGUUCCCAUGCGUCUGUUGACCGCUUUUUGGUGGAUCUUCGCCCUACUCGUCUCGCAAACGUACAUUGCCAAGCUGGCGGCCUUCGUCACCUCGUCAAAGAUCUCCAACGACAUAGCCUCCCUGCACGACCUCGUCGACCAAAACAAAGUGCAGUUUGGCACCAUUCGAGGGGGCGCCACCUCGGUAUAUUUUUCCGACUCAAACGAUACUGAGAACCGGAUGGCUUGGAACAAAAUGCUAUCCUUUAAGCCAGACGCCUUCACGAAGAGCAACGAGGAGGGUGUUAAGCGUGUCAAGGUGAGCAAGGGCACCUAUGCCUUCCUGAUGGAGACCACCAGCCUGCAGUACCACGUCCAGCGAAACCUGGAUCUGAUCCAGAUCGGGGAAAGUUUCGGCCAGAAGCAUUAUGGCAUAGCUGUUCCGCUUAACUCCCAAUUUCGUUCCAAUCUAAGCGUGGGAAUUCUCAGGCUCAGUGAAAAAGGAAGACUGUACUAUUUUCGAAAUAAAUGGCUAAACACCAAUGAUAGUUCCAGUGACAAAGGACCCGAACCUGUCGAUGACGGUAAACUGGAUAUGGAAUCGGUGGGUGGGCUGUUUGUGGUGCUCAUAGUGGGCGUGAUUAUAUCAUUCAUAAUUGGAUUGGGCGAGUUCCUCAGGCAUGUGCAGCGCAUUGCACUGAAGGAUAAAAUAACUCCUAAGAUGGCCUUAAAGGCCGAAGUCAUGUUUCUGAUCCGUUUCUGGGAAACCAAAAAGCCGCGUCAUACCUAUCAACGGAGCAGGGACUCCACCUCUACCGGGUACUCCUCAAUGGAGCAAAUGUCCACUGUGUCCAGUGUGAAGAAGAGAAAAAAUGCAAGAAAGGAUAAUUAGAAUAGUGAAAAGGCUUGCAAUCAUUCAGUGAAAUACUUUAAGCCUAGAACUAGUCAUAAAGCUGUUAAUCAAUCGUGGUAGAACAUGGGUCUACUCAUAUACAAAUAUAAUAUAACAAUA